AUGGUGCAGCACUACACCCGCAGCACUACACCAGCAGCACUACCCCGGCAGCACUACACCAGCAGCACAACACCCACAGCACUACACCAGCAGCACUACACCGGCAGCACUACCCCGGCAGCACUACACCAGCAGCACUACACCAGCAGCACUACACCAGCAGCACUACACCAGCAGCACUACCCCGGCAGCACUACACCCGCAGCACUACACCAGCAGCACUACACCAGCAGCACUACACACGCAGCACUACACCGGCAGCACUACACCGGCAGCACUACCCCGGCAGCACUACACCAGCAGCACUACACCAGCAGCACUACACCCGCAGCACUACACCAGCAGCACUACACCAGCAGCACUACACCAGCAGCACUACACCAGCAGCACUACACCCGCAGCACUACACCAGUAGCACUACACCAGCAGCACUACACCAGCAGCACUACACCCGCAGCACUACACCAGCAGCACUACACCAGCAGCACUACACCAGCAGCACUACACCAGCAGCACUACACCCGUAGCACUACACCAGCAGCACUACACCCGCAGCACUACACCAGCAGCACUACCCCCGCAGCACUACACCCGCAGCACUACACCAGCAGCACUACACCAGCAGCACUACACCCGCAGCACUACACCCGCAGCACUACACCCGCAGCACUACACCCGCAGCACUACACCAGCAGCACUACACCCGCAGCACUACACCCGCAGCACUACACCCGCAGCACUACACCCGCAGCACUACACCAGCAGCACUACACCAGCAGCACUACACCCUCAGCACUACACCAGCAGCACUACACCAGCAGCACUACACCAGCAGCACUACCCCCCUGA